UCAAAUUACAUUGAUAUUUUAACUAAGUGAUAAACAUAAUCGCAAAAAGCGUACGUUUCGGUCCUUUUUUUUUAGACCAUCUUCAGCGCAAUUACAAAGUAUAUGAAAUAUACUUUAUAUUAAAAAUGUAAUAGUAAUAGUAAUAUUAGUUGAUGUUAUUGUGCUCGAGCCAACGCUUUUUAUGUGAAAAAAUAAAAAGUAAACGCAUUCAUUCUUUAUUUCUGCUACGCCUCACAUGAUUCUAUUCCUCCAUAAUUCUUCAUAUGCUAUACACUUUGUGUUUUCUUUGUACUUCAUUUCCAAUUUUAUUUAUCAUAGCUUCAUGUUGUCUUUUGACGAUACGUUUUCUAGGACAAUGCAAUUGAUCGAUGAACGUGGUGAUUUCCGAGACAUCAAGCAAAAACUGGCAGACUUUUCUGGACUUCGUUGAUCCAAUAUUUAUUAUUAUUAACGUGAAUCUGAUUGGAAGCUACAUUAUCGACUUUUCUACAAUUACAGUUUUUGCUUUCGCGCCUCGUUCGAUAUAAUUGGCUCUCUCUCAUAAAUUAUUAACUUUAGUAUAAAUUGGUAUAUGCGAAGAAAAAAAAACAACAAUACAGAAAAAUUGGCGCGAUGAAGAAGAACGAAGCAUUUUUUAAUUAACAAAAAAUUUCGAAUCUUAUACUCUUUUAAUUCGUUUUAUGUUUUCAAAAUUUAUAAUUAACAUAUAAAAUUCCAUUUCUCAAUCGAGUCUUCCAAAAAUCCCUGUUUGAAAUUUUUCCAACAUAUUUAUGUGUUCGCGCAUUAUUACUAUAGAUUUACGUCAGUCACUGAUAGUAUUAUCAUGAUACUACUAAUACUAAUAACGCUUCUAAUGAUUAAGUAAUUUGAAGUAAAUUCAUUCGAAGCAAUUGAUUUUACAGGAUGCUUUUUGUUUCUUUUGCAUCUAGACUUUUCAAAUGUAAAUGAUUGCGCGUGUUAAUUGAUAAUUAUUAUAGACAGGUGCAAAUUCUACGUCCCUCAUUAAUGGAAAUUGAAACUCGCCAGAUCUAAUUAAUCCGACAAAGAAUCAGUCGAUUCCAUUUCACCUGAAUAUGGAAUUUCAAGCUCGUCCUUUCGAUGUGGAGACCGUAUUCGUACAGGCAAAGAAAAAACAGGCAAAGAAGCUGCGCGGUCCAGAUUCACCUUUUUACAUGGCUAUCUGGCCGAUGGUCUACGUCAUGCGAGUGUUCGGUCUCGCUCCUUACGAUUUCUCGCAAGAUCGUCUAGUGCCGUCAAACAUCUAUCUAAUCUUUUCGGUGACCGCAGCCACGCUCUACACGUAUAUAUUUUAUACGGUGGUCCGAAGAUCUUUCGCUGCCGAAAGAGAUGACAAUGCACUUCUCGGAGGAACAGAAAACGCGAAGGUGGUCAUCAACUAUAGCGUGACGAUAUACCAAUUGGGCUUGGCGGCAUUCACGAGACGCAGCUUCACCAAAACGUGGAACGCGCUGCAAGAUUACGACGAGGAUGUCAGACAACUCGGUUAUCCCCGCAAAGAGACGCAGACCGCGAUCGCCGCGUGGAUUGUCAGUGUUACUACCACGGUCAUCUGGAUUGCCGUUAACCGUAUCGGGAUGCAUGCCUUCUACGAGACAUGGAUUUACAAUACGGCAUACUUGAUUAUCUACGUCGGGAGCUCAAUAGCUGUCUAUAAAUUUGUGGCAAUGGCUUUCUUUCUAGGCCAACGGUUUCAUCAUCUCAACGCGAUGGCGAUAAAAAAUCUACCGUCUACAUCGGGAAAUAAGAGUAUUAUCACAAUUAGCAAAAGGACAAUUCUGAAUCUGCACAAUGAUCUGAUGAUCGCCGCAGAGAACUUGGAAUCGAUGUACUCGUGGUCACUACUUUUCUGGCUCGGCAGUCUUGGGCUACAUACUGUCAGCAAUAUAUUUUUUAUAAUAGUGUGGACACUCCAAAAGCCGUGGCAAGCAGUAACGUGGUCGCUGGUAUACUGCUUGACCGCCUGGUUGUUAGCGUUUCUCUUCCAGAUUCUGUUACUUCACAUUACCUGCCACUAUGCUUCCUUUCAAGCUAAUUGUAUAAGUGCGAUUCUUAUCGAGUGGCAAGUGAGAUUGAUGAAAAGAAAUGAUGAUUACGGGGAAUCAUUGUUGCAAUUCCUAAAUCGAAGACUCAACUUUUCCGCUGGCGGAUGCUUUUACGUAAACUUGCCGUUAUUACGUUCUACCGCCGCUCUGUUGACUACAUAUCUGGUUAUACUACUGCAAUUUCCAGGAUAAAAACUAACAAAAAAAGAGAAAAAUCGUACGCCGCCGUCCGCCCGCGCGCACGCGAUCGCCAUAUUUCGCAACUAUAAAUUUCAGAACUAUACUAUCCUUUUUAUUAUGUCAAUGCAGUCAAUGCAUACGAAAUGCUAACUUCGCGUUAAUGAUAUUUAAUUAAUAUCAGAUCAAACAAAUGUAUUUAAUUGAAAAAAAAUUAGCUAUACUCUUUAUGAUGACAAUAGCAUUAAUAAUAAUAUUUAUUUAAUUUCAU